UAUUCCGGCAGCCAUUAAGUAGAUUUGCGUGAGAGAAGAGGCUUUCUUAACCCCAAACUGCACCGGGCAAGGACUGAGUCCGAGAGCAGACUACAGACAGGCAUCCGGAUCCUAAAGUCUUUGGUGUUGGAGAAAUGGGGGCUGAGAUGGACCGCUUUCCUGCUCUAAGGCAAGUUCUGUUUCUCUUUGUUUUGCUGGCUCAGACUGUCGCGGAGCAGAAGGUUUAUAUUAUUGCAGAAGAAGCAGACAGCGGUUCUUUUGUAGCUAAUCUAGCCAAGGACCUAGGGCUAGGGGUAGGAGAGCUGGCUUGGCGGAAGGCUAGGGUCAUUUUUAACAAUAACAAAAACCAUUUUCAGCUGAACCUCCAGACUGGCGAUUUGCAAGUAAAUGAGAAACUGGAUCGGGAAGAAUUGUGUGGCUCCAUUGAUCCUUGUGAGCUGCAAUUCCAGGUGUUACUGGAAGAACCCUUGGAGGUAUAUCGGUUUAAACUUUUGGUCAAUGACAUAAAUGACAAUUCCCCUGUUUUCCCAGAAGCAAAAAUGCUUUUGAAAAUCAUGGAAAAUACUCUUCCAGGAACUGUAUUUCCCCUGAAAACUGCACAAGAUUUGGAUGUGGGCAUCAAUAACAUCCAAAACUACACCAUCAACCGCAACUCCCACUUCUGUGUUCUCACCCGCAAUGGUGGUGAGGGCAGAAAAUACCCGGAGCUGGUUCUGGACAAAGCCCUGGAUCGUGAGGAGCAGACUGAGCUCAGGUUAACGCUGAUGGCAGUAGAUGGGGGAGCUCCUCCCAAAACUGGGACUGCACUGGUCCUCAUUGAUGUCUUGGACGUCAACGAUAACGCCCCUGAGUUUGCACAGCAGCUGUAUCAGGUGCAGGUCGCAGAGAACAGCCCCAUCGGAUCUGUCAUUGCCACUGUUUCCGCUAGAGAUCUGGACACAGGGAUUAAUGGUGAAAUAUUCUACUCAUUUUUUUAUGGUGAUGAAGAGAUUUCCAAGACAUUCGCAGUUAAUGAACUCACGGGAGAAAUUAAAAUAAUUAGGAUGUUAGAUUUUGAAAACAUUGUGUCAUAUGAAGUGGAUAUUAAAGCAUCUGAUGGGCUGGGCUUAUUUGGAAAAUGCACUGUCAUAAUACAGGUCUUGGAUAUCAACGACAAUGCUCCAGAACUGAAGGUGGCUAAAGUUGUAAGCCCUGUACCUGAAAAUGCCCCUGUAACCACGGUAGCACUUUUCAGUAUUCGAGACCGAGACUCUGGGGAAAAUGGAAGGAUGGUUUGCUCCAUCCAGGACGAUGUUCCAUUUACGCUGAAAUCUUCCGUGGAGAAUUUCUACAUUCUAGUAACAGAAGGAGCACUGGACAGGGAGGCCAGGGCCGAGUACAACAUCACCAUCACCGUGUCCGACCUGGGCACGCCCAGGAUGACGACCCGGCACCACGUCGCGGUGCAGGUGUCCGACGUGAACGACAACGCCCCGGUCUUCAGCCAGGCCGCCUACACCCUGCUGGUGCGCGAGAACAACAGCCCCGGGCUGCUCAUCGGCUCCGUGAGCGCCAGCGACAGGGACGCGGGCGCCAACGCGCAGCUCACCUACUCGCUGCUGCCGCCGCCGCCCCAGCCGCAGCCGCAGCCUCAGCCGCCCCAGCCGCCGCAGCCCGACGUGGCGGCGCUCGUGUCGGUGCACGCGGACAGCGGGCAGCUGUACGCGCUGCGCGCGCUCGACUACGAGGCCCUGCGCGCCUUCGAGUUCGGCGUGCGCGCCGCCGACCGCGGCUCCCCGGCGCUGAGCAGCGAGGCGCGCGUGCGCGUGCAGCUGCUGGACGCCAACGACCACGCGCCGGCCGUGCUGUACCCGCCGGCCAACGGCUCGGCCGCCUGCCCCGAGCUGGUGCCGCGCGCGGCCGACGCGGGCUACCUGGUGAGCAAGGUGGUGGCGGUGGACGGCGACGCGGGCCAGAACGCCUGGCUGUCGUUCGAGCUGCUCAAGGCCACGGAGCCCGGGCUGUUCGGCGUGUGGGCGCACAGCGGCGAGGUGCGCACGGCGCGGCCGCUGAGCGAGCGCGACGCGGCCCGGCAGCGGCUGCUGGUGCUGGUGCGGGACCACGGCGAGCCGCCGCUGUCGGCCAGCGUCACGCUGCACGUGCUGCUGGUGGACGGCUUCUCGCAGCCCUACGUGGCGCUGCCCGACGCGGCGGCGGCGGCGGCCGAGCCGGCGCGGCCCGACUGGCUCACGGUGCAGCUGGUGGUGGCGCUGGCGGCGGUGUCGUCGCUCCUGGUGCUGAGUGUGCUGGCGCUGGUGGCGGCGCGGCUGUGCGGCGGGGGCGGGGGCGGGGGCGGGGGCGGGGUGGGUGGCGGGGCGGGGUGCGCGCUUGGCGGCGGCGGCGUUGGCGGCGGCGCGGGUGCGGAGGGCCGCUUCCCGGGGCCGCUGCUGGACGUGAGCGGCGGCGGGACGCUGUCGCACAGCUACCAGUACGAGGUGCGCCUGACGGGCGACGCUGGGACCGGGGAGUUCAAGUUCAUGAAGCCCAUUAGUCCUAAUUAUCAGGAUGCUGUCAGUAACUUGGAGGAAAACUCCACAUUUGUUAGUGGUCUUGGAUAUAGUUAGCAAACUUGAUUUU